CCUUCUGCUGAUCACCACCCCCAAUCCAUUAGCACCCAGAUCCUGCAAACAGCGACACAGCCCUGAUGACCGCUCUACAACGGGCCAACGAGGACACACAGCCCGCCCACAGACCCCGCCCAGUCCUCCAGUUGUCCCAACAGUGCAGGAGCGCUUAAGGCACGGGGCACUGAGUUGCCAUCUCUCAGAGACUGAGUUCCUCGGUUUGCCACCACCAUGGCCAGUACCUACACCGGCUGUCGGUCACUUUGGGUCUCCAGAGUUCUCAGGAGUGUGCGGACACAUUGGACCUGGCCCGAGGACAUGGAGAGAAGGCUCUUGUCCUCGAGUGUGCCCAAGGCACCGGCUGCGAUUCCGUGAGGUACUACAAUCAGCUCACAGCCCACGGGUGCUUGGAGACAAGCUGUUCUGUGCAGAGCCAGAGCUGAGCCCAGCUGGGACUGUGCCCUGGGGCAACCCGGAUUCCUCUGGAGGGUCCUAGCAACCCAUACCCAGCCAUGCACUGCCCAGCGGUGUUCCUCCUCCUGGCCAGCGGGGCUGAGGCCUUUCGCAUCUGUGCCUUCAAUGCCCAGCGGCUGACACUUGCCAAGGUGGCUAGGGAGCAUGUGAUGGACACCUUAGUUCAGAUCCUGGCUCGUUGUGACAUCAUGGUGCUGCAAGAGGUGGUAGACUCUUCUGGCAAUGCCAUCCCCCUCCUGCUCCGAGAACUCAAUAGAUUUGAUGGCUCUGGGCCCUACAGCUUCCUGAGCAGCCUCCCGCUGGGGCGCAGCACAUACAUGGAGAAGUAUGUGUAUGUGUACCGGUCACACAAGACGCAGGUCCUGGAUUCCUACGUGUACAAUGACAAGGAUGACCUCUUUGCCCGGGAGCCCUUUGUGGCCCAGUUCACUUUCCCCAGCAAGGUCCUUCCCAGCCUGGUGUUGGUCCCACUGCACACCACUCCAAAGGCCGUAGAGAAGGAGCUGAACGCCCUGUACGAUGUGUUUCUGGAUGUUUCUGAGCACUGGCAGAGCAAGGAUGUGAUCCUGCUCGGAGACUUCAAUGCUGACUGUGUUUCGCUGACCAAAAAGCGCCUAGACAAGCUGGCGCUGCGGACUCAGGCAGGCUUCCUUUGGGCAAUUCCCGACGGGGAGGACACCACUGUGCGGGCCAGCACCCACUGCACCUAUGAUCGCAUAGUGCUGCACGGGGAGCGCUGCCAGAGCCUGCUGCUUGCCUCGGCCACCUUCGACUUCCCUAGGAGGUUCCAGCUCACAGAGGAGGAGGCCCUCAACAUCAGUGACCACUACCCUGUGGAGGUGGAGCUGAGCUGGUCAGUUCGCAGGACUGAGCCCCUCAGCCUGGCCACACUGUUACUGUUGUCAAUGCUGCUGCCACUCCUGCCGCCCAGCCUGGGCCUGGUGGUGUGAACCAGCCUGCUGCCUGCUGCCUGCAGAUGGGAUGAAUAUGCUGCCUUCAGACCUCAAACCCUGGCCUCCCUGUCCAUCCUGCCCUGGGGCCAAAGUGACUCCUGAGGGCUUUCAACUGCAGCCCUCCAUCUGUGUGGCCUUGAUCCAUCGGACUGAAUCCCUCCUCUGCCUUUGCUUUGCUUUGGCUUGUUUUUUGGUUGGGCCUGUGGGUGGCAUUAGAAUGUAGAAGAGGAAGACCUCCCUGAGGCUGGACCUGUCUGUACCACUCUUGCCCCAGGUAGUGUCAGGAAUGAGGCCUAAGCAGGCUCGAGGGACAGGGGAGGGAUGUUUGGGAGGUUAUCUUGACUAAACUCUUGCGGGGCUCAGAAAAGGAAAGUGCAACAGAUCAAAGUAUUUUACUAUAUGACUCAAAAGGAAGCUUACAUCCACACUGACAACAAAAAGCUAGGCUGGAGGGUUAUCACAUAUGUGUAGCAGAUAUGCCAAAGGACCAUCUUUAUUAUGCACAGGAUUCAUAUGAAUUAAAAUAUUAAGACACCAGUAGAUACAAGGAUGGAGAUGAGUUUACACACAUAGUAGCUCAGUGAACAAAAGGAAACGUUUAAGCUCAUUGUAAUCCAAUGAAUGAAAAUAGCUGCCAACAGCCCUUAUGCCUUCAGUCAAGCCCAUGUUCACAACCACUGGGCAGCCCCUACCCCUCUGGCCCUGCAGCUGUUGGUCCCCAUAGGCCUGUGUGUAGGGCCAGCCACAAGAGGCUGGCUACCAAGGCUGGAAGUGCACACAACACUUAUCUUGUAACUGUAGCACCUUUUGUUUGAAUACAUAGUUUGGUCUUGCAGGGAAAGGGGCUACAUGGUAUCAAGGGACCCUUCCUUGCCCAGCUCCUCUUGAAGACAACAGAGCUCAAUAAAAAGUAUCUAGUGGGAUGUCAGGGCAAAUUAGUCAUACUUUAAAACCAUCUUUGAGGUUAAAAAUAAAGGUAAUUUUGAAUUUUACAA